AUGAAGACAGAUGGAAUGGCAGAUCCUGCUAGCUGUUAUGUCUAUCACGAGCGUGACAUCGACCAAGCACUUAUCAUUUUGAAAAAGGGAACUCAAUUAGUCAAGUACAGUCGAAAAGGGAAACCUAAAUUCCGCGCAUUCAGGCUCUCUCCGGAUGAAAAAACGUUGAUUUGGUUUUCGCAUGGAGAAGAAAAAGGCUUGAAGUUAUCUGAGGUUUCUCGAAUCGUCCCUGGACAAAGAACUGCUGUUUUUAAGAGAUUUUUACGUCCAGAGAAGGAUCACUUAUCAUUUUCACUUUUAUAUAAUAACAGAGAAAGAUCUCUUGAUCUGAUUUGUAAAGAUAAAGCUGAGACAGAGGUUUGGUUUGCUGGCCUUAAGUCUUUAAUUGAAAAAGGUCGUAAUAGACGCGCAAGAAGUGAGAUCCCUGAGAUACAUGACAGUGACUGCUACUCCACUGGUCGUCAGUCAAUAGACGUAGUCCCAAACAAUAUUCCACGAGGUAGAACUUCGAUUGAUUUAAGCUAUCACAACAAUACUCCAAGCAAUUUUGGUGGCUCAGAUGUUGGAUAUGACCGUGGAAACAUGUUAAGACCAAGUACUGAUGGUUUUCGGAUCAGUGUCUCGAGCACACCAAGUUGUUCAAGUGGAGGAUCUGGUCCAGAUGAUAUCGAAUCAUUAGGUGAUGUUUACGUUUGGGGUGAGGUCUGGAGCGAAGGGAUAUUACCAGAUGGGACAGUUAGCAAAGAAACAGUGAAAACAGAUGUGUUAACUCCAAGACCCUUGGAAUCAAACGUUGUUCUUGAUGUUCACCAGAUUGUUUGUGGCGUAAGGCACGUUGCGCUUGUGACAAGACAAGGAGAAGUGUUUACAUGGGGAGAAGAAGCUGGAGGUAGGCUUGGACAUGGUAUUCAAGUCGACAUUAGUCGUCCAAAACUUGUUGAGUUUCUUGCUCUGACCAACAUAGACUUUGUUGCUUGUGGAGAGUAUCAUACUUGUGUUGUUUCUACAUCUGGAGACUUGUUUUCAUGGGGAGAUGGAAUCCACAAUGUUGGGCUUUUAGGACAUGGUAGUGAUAUUAGCCAUUGGAUACCAAAAAGAGUCUCUGGUCCUUUAGAAGGUCUUCAGGUGCUUUCUGUUGCAUGUGGCACGUGGCAUUCAGCCUUAGCAACUGCAAAUGGGAAGCUAUUCACUUUUGGUGAUGGUGCGUUUGGCGUUUUGGGACAUGGAAACAGAGAGAGCGUUUCGUAUCCUAAAGAAGUACAAUCGUUAAAUGGUUUGAAAACGGUGAAAGUUGCUUGUAGCGUUUGGCACACCGCAGCGAUUGUCGAGGUUAUGGGUCAAACAGGUUCGAGUAUGUCAUCUAGGAAGUUGUUUACUUGGGGUGAUGGUGACAAAAACAGAUUAGGACAUGGAAACAAAGAGACCUACUUGCUUCCAACUUGUGUCUCUGCACUUAUUGAUUACAACUUCCAUCAAAUUGCUUGUGGACAUACAUUUACUGUCGCACUCACAACUUCAGGACAUGUUUUCACAAUGGGAGGGACGUCACAUGGUCAACUAGGUAACUCAAUCUCUGAUGGUAAACUACCUUGCUUGGUGCAAGAUCGAUUAGUUGGAGAAUUCGUGGAAGAAAUCGCUUGCGGGGAUCACCAUGUCGCGGUUUUGACAUCAAGAAGUGAAGUCUUCACAUGGGGAAAAGGUGCUAAUGGAAGAUUAGGACAUGGAGAUACAGAUGAUAGAAGAACACCAACUUUGGUUGAAGCCUUGAGAGACCGUCAUGUAAAAAGCUUAUCUUGCGGCUCAAACUUCACAUCCAGUAUAUGCAUACAUAAAUGGGUCUCCGGAGCAGAUCAGUCAAUCUGCUCCGGAUGUCGCCAAGCAUUCGGUUUUACCCGAAAAAGACACAAUUGUUAUAACUGUGGUUUAGUUCAUUGUCAUGCUUGUAGUUCAAAGAAAGCUUUGAAGGCAGCAUUAGCUCCAACUCCAGGGAAACCGCAUCGCGUAUGCGAUGCAUGUUACAGCAAACUUAAAGCUGCGGAGUCUGGUUAUAUCUCUAAUGCAAACAGGAAUAAUAUUGCAACUCCUGGACGGUCAAUGGAUGGAUCGGUUAGAGUAGAUAAUACAACAAGGUCAUCGAAAGUUCUCUUGUCAACAAUUACAGACCCAGGCAAGUCGUCUAGGUCUGGAUUUAAACCUGAUUCUUCUAAUGUACGUGCCUCACAAGUUCCAUCUCUCCAACAACUUAAAGACAUUGCAUUCCCGAGUCCGAUUCAAAAUGCUUUUAAACCUGUUGGUCCUGCUGCUGUUCCACCGCGACAACUAGCUGGACUAGUACCAUCGCCUACACCUGCAAGAUCUUCCUCGCCUUAUGCAAGAAGAUCGAGCCCUCCACGCACUUCUGGAUUUUCGAGAAGCGUUAUUGAUAGUUUGAAGAAGACUAAUGAAGUUAUGAACCAAGAAAUGACAAAAUUGCAGAGUCAGGUUAAGAAUUUGAAACAGAAAUGCAAUAAUCAAGGAACAGAGAUCCAAAGGUUCCAAAAAGCAGCUAAAGAAGCUUCUGAAUUAGCUGCAAAACAAUCUUCCAAGCAUAAAGCAGCAACAGAGACAUUAAAAUCUGUUGCAGAACAGUUGAAAGGAUUGAAGGAUAAAUUACCUCCUGAAGUAUCAGAGAGUGAAGCUUUUGAAUCCAUUAACUGUCAAGCUGAAGCUUAUCUAAAUACAAACGAAGUAUCAGAAACAACUUUACUCACAACUUUGAGACUUGAUCAACAAGAAACAUCUCCUUCUACAAACACACAAGAUCAAAAGAUUGAUGAACAAGUACCCUCAAACUCAAGUAUAGCCGAGACAACGAAUUCAUCGAGGCCGGUAUCAACAGAAUCUUCAUCAUCAAGAACAGGUGGCAAGGAAAGUAAAGAACAGUUUGAACCUGGUGUUUAUGUGACUUUUGCGGUAGACAUUAAUGGCAACAAGAUCUUCCGACGAGUUAGAUUUAGUAAAAAGAGAUUUGAUGAGCAUCAAGCAGAAGAUUGGUGGACUAAAAAUAAAGAUAGGUUGCUUAAGUGGUAUAGUCCAAAUUCAUCAUCAUCAUCAAAUCCAACGGCUUCUGAUUCACCUGUUGCUCCACAACCACUUUCCGAACCACCAUCCGAACCACCGUCCGAUCCUUCAGUACCUGAGCAAAGCAACGACAAGGAACCAGAUUCUGAAGUCUAA